AUGUCUCAGGUGCCUGCUGACCUCCUGUCAACCGCCAGCUCCUACAACUAUGAGCCACCCCUUCCCUCCGUGGCUCGGGGGAGUGCUCUCACCCAGGUACCUCCAGCCAAAAAAAUAACCUUCUUCAAGAGCGGAGACCCUCAGUUUGCAGGAGUCAAGAUGGCCAUCAACCAGCGGAGCUUCAAGAGCUUCAAUGCUCUCAUGGAUGACCUCUCCCAUCGGGUCCCUCUGCCGUUUGGGGUGCGCACCAUCACCACCCCACGAGGAAUACACUGCAUCAGCGAGCUGGACCAGCUGGAGGACGGAGGGUGCUACCUGUGCUCCGACAAGAAAUACGUGAAGCCGAUCGGCAUCACUCCGGGGGGACACAGGCCAGCCCCUCCACGACACGCUCGCCCCUCCACUACCGUGAGAAGAGCGGCUCAGGAGAGCAAGCUGGAAGAUUAUUCCACACCUUUCACUCACCAUGGCCCCAGAAUACCCAAGAAAAUCACUCUGGUUAAGAACGGGGAAAGUGGGUUUCGGCGCUCCAUUAUCCUGAACCGCAGGAACGCCCGGAGUUUCAAAACCCUCCUGGAUGAGAUUACGGAGAUCCUGCAGUUCCCAGUGAAGAAACUCUACACCAUUGAUGGGAAGAAGAUUGACAGCAUGCAGGCCCUGCUCCACUGCCCCAACGUGCUGGUGUGCGUGGGCCGGGAGCCCUUUAAACCUGUGUCCAUGGAGAACCUGAGGAAACACUCGGUGGAGAAGCUGCCCAACCUGCCUCCCCGCUCCACCGGCAACAGCGGCAUCGAGAACAACGAAAAGCAUUUGAACUUCGGACUGAAAGCCAAAAAAAGCGUUAUCCACCCGCGGUCAUCAUCGAGCAACAGGUCCAUGAGAUUUUCUUUGUCGUCGGAAAAAUCGUAUCCCAACGGUCUCGCUGCCUCGCCGGAUAACGGAGCACCCUUCUCCAAUGGCUGCUCCCACCCCAAAGCCGGGGAGCUGGUCCAGUCCCUGGUCAACGAUGACAUAGAGAAGCGGGUGCACGUGAACAAGGACGGGAGCUUGUCCGUGGAGAUGAAGGUCCGCUUCCGCCUGCUGAACGAUGAGACCUUGCAGUGGUCCACCCAGAUCAAGAAGUCCAACCUGCUGAACCGGCUGCCUUGUGAGGAGUCAGGAGUGGAGGAGGACAGUGGAGUGGACCCCCUGCAGAAGAUGAACCCAGAAGUCAGCUCGGAGGCGGAUGACUCGUUGUAUCCCUGUGAGAUCGAUUCCUACAUGUCAAAACUUGAGGAAUCCGAGUGUGACGAGGCUCACUGUCACAGCUGUGGGAAGAAGCACCAGGACUAUGACAUCUGGAAGAACCCCAUGCACACAUCCCCGAGGGAAGAGCCCAGCGUACAGACCACCUGGCGCACGCGGUCGUCGUGCUCCAGCACGUCCUCCCGGAGGAGAGUCAUCCACAAGAAAAUGACUUCCAUGGACAGCCUCCCCACCACGUCCAGUGAGGAAUUCUCUGAGCACAUUGUGAGAGAGUCCUCAUCCUACUCAGAGACUGUAGAGAACAGGGUGGCGUAUCGAUCCGUCAGAAAGUGCAGGUGCCGAAGUGAUUUAUCUACAGGUGCUUCCAUUGGAGAAGAUCAGCAAGGAGACACUCCGGCAAGCACAGGGAAUAGCCAGAGACCUUCAUCCCUGGGUUUAAUGUCACAUUCCAGCUGUGAAAACAACCUGGAUACUCAAGACGCCCCCGAAGAAGACCAGGAGAUCAGCAAAACCAUUUCACAAAAAGAAGAGGAAAACUGUUUUGAAGGUUCCCCUGUGAAGGGCUUAAAGGAUGACGUGGAAGAGGCUGACAGCAGCAGAGUUGGGAGUGCCAUGUCCAAGUCAUCCCUGCAGUCCAAACGGAGCAAGAAUAACAUCUGUGAGGAAAACAGCACCGUGAGUAAGAGCAUGUCCUCCUCCUCAAGCCUUCAGAAGGCAAAUCCAGGAGAGAACUCUCGGAGCUCCACGCCUGCCAACAGUGUGCACAGCAAGUCCAGCAACUGUACCACCCAAAAAGCAAAGAGCGAGCAGGAUGACCACUCUGAUGAAAAUCCAGUGGUCUCCUCCUUGUCCGAAGCAAAAGAAAAAUUCUUGUUGGCUCAGAUAUCCCAGGAGAUGGACGAGAGGUGCUCACAGUCCAACAUGUCUCAAUCUUCGAAGUCAAGGCGGACAAAAAACAACAAUCUUCACGUGAGGAUGUCGAACUCCAGCCGGGCGUCGCUGUCUGAGACGAUGUCCGUGCGCAGCCUGCACUGCCCCGCCCCACCCAAAGGGAAGCCAAAGAGGAAAAACGUGCGUCCAGCCGUGCUGAAGAACUCCUCUGUUAGCAGCUUAGGCACCAGGUCGCUGCUGAGCACGGGGAAAGAGCAGAAGGAAAUUGUAGAUUCCUCCAAAGAGACGUCCUACGGGUCUAAGUCAGCAGCGCCCGAGACAAACGAUAAGAAUAAUAAAGAGACCGAUGAUUCUCAGAGCAAAAAAGCGGAGGAAGCGUCAGAGGACACAGGUGUGCAGGAGGAAGGGAGUGAUUUGAUGCCAUCUGCUCUGCCAAACGCAUCUCCAGAAGAAGUUGUGCAAGAGUGGCUCAGAAAAAUCCCUUCAGAAACGCUGCUUGUGAAAUAUGAAAUGGAGGACGAUGUGGAAGAGGAAGGUACAGAGACAGCUACUGAGGAAGAAGUCUGUGAGGUGGCGUCCGAGACUGCCAAAGCUGAGCAGGCAGAAAGCAACCAGUCAGUUAACUCCAGCCAAAAUAACAAGAGGGACCUGCCCAGCUCUGUCCAGACUUCUGUCCAGAUCAUGAAGGCCUUGCUCAGUUCGAAACACGAGACCAAAUUUGACCGAUCGAACAGUUUGCCCGAAGUGUCCCCCACCAUGGGGAGAAAACUCAGCAACUCCGCCAACGUUUUGAUUACUUGUCUUGCCAGUCUCCAGCUCCUUGAUGAAGAGUCAGAAGACCCAUCAGACACCUCAAAAGCUUUGAGUAAGUCAAGGUAUACGGAGCUGCUGAAUAUUUUUCAAGCCCUGUGGUUGGGAUGCACAGCUGAGAGGAGCGGUCCAAGCUCUGCUCAAGGGGCCAGCGAGCAGGCAAAGCCAGACCUUGGGUUUAAAGGUCCCAAAUCCAUGGAUCAUGCCUUCACUCGCAUGUCCUCCUCCGGGGUUGAUGUCUGCAGUGGUUCUGGUGGCUCAGGAGAAGAAUGUGCAGCUGGUGCCACUUUAGUGGCCCAGAAAACUGUGGAAUUCAAAUCAGCUGAAGAGGAAAAUACAGAGAAUGGAACUGAAGUGACUGAGGCUGAGGAGCAAAGUAAAGAGGAAGGGCAGCCAUCCCGCCCCUCGACAGCCUGCUCAGAAUCACAUAGAGAGGAAAAAGCACACUCUGCUACUGAAGAAUCUCUAAUUCAGGAGGAAGAAGAGAAGGAGGAGGAUCAGUGCCACAUCUCUGAACACGGUCAGGAGGAAGGGGGAGAAAAUGAAAACGAAGAAAGCAGCAAAUUAGCCCAAACUGGAGAACAAGAAGAGGCUGCAGCUGUGAAUGAUGAACUCCCACAAGAAAAUCCUGAAGCCACCAUCGAUGAUACAAAUGUCAACGGUGCUGAUGGUGAGAUGGAGAUUAAAGCUGGUUUGGAAGAACAUCGUGAAAAAGAGUCACCAAGUGUCGCAGAGCCCAAAGUCAGUGCAUCCACCAGUGUGGGGACAUCCCUUGCCCAGCAAAACUCAGUGGAUCCAGACCCAGUCUGGGUCUUGAGACUGCUCAAAAAAAUCGAGAAGGAGUUCAUGGCUCACUAUGUCAAUGCCAUGAAUGAGGUAAAAAUCAGGUGGAACCUGCAGAACAACCGGCAGAUGGAUGAAAUGAUACUGGAGCUGAAGGAGGAGGUGAGUAAAAGGAUACAAAAAAGCAUAGAGAGGGAGUUGAGGAAGAUCAGAAGCAGAGCUGGGACGAGGGUGCCAAGACCUCCGGAUGAGCCACCCACACCCCAGUCAAAAUUCCAGACAGAGCAGAGGAGGUGGAGAUUGCAAAAUAUGCACAACAAGUCACUCUUUGGUGGCAAGAACGGCAACCAGACCAGGCUGGAGGAGACAACAGAAUUAUCCUUCGAUGUAGAUCAAGACUUGGCACUUAGUGCAGCUUUUGAUGACAGUGUUAGUAAACAAUCAAGCGAGGAGGAAUAUUGUCCAUGUGACUCCUGUGUGAGGAAAAAACUGGCCUCCAAGCCCCAAAGACUCCCCGUGGUGGCCACCAAUGCCCCAGUCAUGAAAGCAUUUGAUUUGCAGCAAAUCCUGAGGCUGAAGAAAGAUGAUAAGGAGGACGUUGUUGUUGCAGAAACAGCCCAGGACAUCAAAGGUGAACCCCAGGCAGCUGAAGGAGAAGUGGAGGACAAUGAAGUAAAGGAGGUAGAAGUAAAUGAAUUAAAUGGAGGUGGAGAAGAACCUGAAAUAGCAGAGAGUCAAAAAGGUGAGGGGGAGGAUGAGGGGGAAAAUGAAGAAACCAAAGAAGACGAAGCUGAAGGAGAGGGGGAAGAGAAAGAAGUGAAGGAGGAGGAGGAAGCAAAAGAGGAGGAGGAAGAAGCAAAAGAGGAAGAAGAAGAAGUGGAGGAGGAGGAAGAAGCAAAAGAGGAGGAGGAAGAGGAAGACGAAGAACCAAAAGAGGAAGAAGAGAAGGAGGAAGAGGAAGAAACAAAAGAGGAGGAGGAAAUUAAGGAGGAAGAGGAAGGUGCAGAAGAGGAGGAGGAAGAAGAAGCAAAAGAUGAAGAGGAAAGCAAGGAAGAAGAGGAAGAAGCCAAAGAGGAGGAGGAGGAAGCAAAAGAAGAGGAAGCCAAAGAAGAGGAAGAAGCAAAGGAGGAAGAAGAAGAAGAAGAAACUAAAGAGGAGGAAGAAGAAGUGAAGGAGGAGGAAGAAGAAGAAGCCAAAGAGGAGGAGGAGGAAGAGGAGGAGGAGGAAGAAACUGAAGAGGAGGAAGAAGAAGUGAAGGAGGAAGAAGAAGGAGAAGCCAAAGAGGAGGAGGAAGGGAAGGAGGAAGAGGAAGAAUCAAAAGAAGAGGAAGAGGAAAAAGAGGAGGAAGAAGAAACAAAAGAAGAGGAGGAGGAGGAAGAGAAGGAGGAAGAGGAAGAAGGAACAAAGGAGGAGGAGGAAGCAGAGGAAGAAGAGGAGGAAGAAGAGGAGGAGGAAGAGAAUGAGGAACAGGAAGAACAAGAAGAAGAAACUCAAAGUGAAGAGCAGGAAGCUGAUGAUGAAGCUGAAAAUGAAGCUGAAGAAACAGAGGAGCCAGAGGAUGAUGAGGCAGAGACAUCUGAAGGCAGAGGGGAUGCCAAGGACUCUGGAACUGACAACAAUCCUGGAGAAGAUGAUGCAGAAGGAAAUGAAGAAGCUGAGCAGGAAGAAGCUGAGGCAGUAGAAGAUGCAAAACUGGAGUCAGAAGGUGAGGCUGAGGAGGAAAACAGUGAAGGAGGUGAGAACCACAACGAGAAUGAGGAGGAACCCGCCGAUGACAACCCUGACAAGGCACAUGAAAAUCACGAGGGCAAAAGCAACAAAAAGGUUUCUCAGAAAGUCUCAAGGGCCAAAGGCAAGAAAAACAUCAAAAAGAGUCUGAAAACAUCCACUGCCCUUUCUUAUUAUUCUUCUGUAGGAAACUUCUCACAGCAAUCCCAGAAGGGGUCUGAAGGUGGAGAUGAAGGAGAAGAGGAAGAGGAAGGCAAAGAUGACAACAACCCUGGGAGUGACCCCCCCAGUGGAGAGAAUCAAAGCAAUGAGAGCUCCAAACCCUCCCAGAUGUAUCCUGAGAGUGAGGAAGAGGAAGAAGAUGAGGACAAAGAUUCUUCAGGCACUGAACCCGCGGGAGAUGAGGACCCAGCAGAUGCUGAAGGGGCAGAUCCAAAGGAGGCUGAAAAUACUGAUGGAGUUCAGGAUUCUAAAAAGAAAGAAGACUCUGAUCAUAUCGACCAGGAUGACUUGGACUUCUAG